AAAAAUAUAAGGAAUGGGUCCAACAUAAGGAAAGGAGGUAUAGAUAAAAAAAUGAUAAUGUUUAGUUAUCUCCAUAGAUGAGAGAACGAGUGUUAAAGUUAUUUGCAAGAUUUGAUGUGGAUGGAUCAAAGUCAAUUGAGAAGUCAGAAACAAUAAAAUAUUGGUAUUUAUAUAAAUGUCAAUGUUAAUGAAGGAAGAGUAAUUUUGCGAAAUUGAAUACAGAAGAAUUGUUUAAAUCAGUGGAUACUGAUAAUAGUGGUACAAUAUCUGAAGAGGAAUGGUUAAAUUUUUGGACAUCGGUAUUGCGUAGUGGACAUACAGAGGAAGAUAUAGCAGAUGAAGUAAAAUAUGUCUGAAUAUCUGCAUUGUAUAGUUAGAAAGUAUUGAAUCUGGAUCGUCAUGGGUAAAGUUCGAGAAUUUAGAAAAUAAGAAGGGCUGAGAUAGAUUCAUCAAUAUACAAUAUAUAAAAAUAUU